CAAGAAACCCCAGACGCCAAUAUUUUUCCAUGGAGCAACGCAUUACAUUCCGACAAUUUAUGAAUCAAUUAUUCAAUAAGGCUCCUGUUAAUCCUCCUCCACCUCCUAGUCUUCGUGAUCGUAUUCUUGGUUCUCGUUCUCCUCCUCCUCCACCCCCACCUCCUCUUCGUCUUCGUGAUCGUAUUGUUGAUCGUAUUGUUCCUCCUCCUCCUCCUAGUCCUUAUAUUGUUUUUGAUCGUCGUCGUGGUAUUAUUUUUAAUCGUCAUAUUGAUGUUACUAAUGGUCUCAGUUGCACUCGUCGUCGUCGGUCGUCUUGA